UUCAGAUUCAAGAACUACCCACCCACCCACUAACCCAAAAUCAAGAAAUCAUAAAUAUAUAUAUAUAUAAAAAAUAUAUAUAUAAACUUCAAAGCCAACUUCACAGCAAAGCAUUUCCCUUUUAUCUCUCUUAUUAGUAGUGUUAAAAAGACUGUGUCUUUGUUGCUUCUUCAACGCGCCAUUAAAAGGGCUUGUUCAGAAAACAAUAAACAAUAUGCCAGAGUUCAUGAUUCUCACGUUUAACCCCAUUUGUACAUUUUCUUGAAUUGGUCUUUACUGGGAUUUGUUGAUUCUUGCAAUCUCAAUCCAAGAAUCUGGAAAAAAAAUCAUUUUUUUUAUUGGAUUUUGAUACAUUUUUAUAAUCUUGUGUAAAGGGUAACCAUGACAGAAGUCCUCCACUCUUCUUCUCCUUCCUCUUCUUCUCCUUCAAUAUCUACACCUACCCACAAUGGGACAUUGUUUGUAGAAGAAAUUGGGGGUUCUGAGGUUGCUGUUUGUGAUUCUGAGGAAGAAAUAGGUGAAGGGGAAGACGAAGAAGAAGAAGAGGAGGACAGGGGAAAAGGGAGAAAUCAAGAAAGGGAUCAUUUGUCUUUAUUAGCUCUUUUGGUGACAUUGUUUAGGAAGAGUUUUUGGUUAGCUUGCAAAACGGAUAGGGGAGGAGGAGAUCUGUGUAGUGGUAGUGGUAUGGAGAUUGGAUGGCCUACUAAUGUGCGUCAUGUUGCCCAUGUUACCUUUGAUAGGUUCAAUGGAUUUUUGGGUCUCCCUGUUGAGUUUGAGCCUGAAGUUUCUAGAAGGGCCCCCAGUGCAAGUACCACUGUAUUUGGAGUGUCAACGGAGUCCAUGCAAUUGUCAUUCGACUCCCGUGGGAAUAGUGUUCCAACUAUUCUACUUCUAAUGCAAAGGCGUUUGUAUGCUCAAGGGGGUCUACAGGCAGAAGGGAUUUUCAGAAUAAAUGCUGAAAACAGCGAGGAGGAGCUUGUUAGGGAGCAAUUAAACCGUGGAAUAAUUCCGGAUGGCAUUGAUGUACAUUGUCUGGCAGGUCUCAUUAAGGCUUGGUUCAGGGAACUCCCAAGUGGGGUGUUGGAUACCCUUUCUCCUGAGCAGGUCAUGCAAUGCCAGUCAGAAGAGGAUUGUACUGCACUGGUGAGACUUCUGCCACAGACAGAAGCUGCUCUCCUGGAUUGGGCUGUCAAUCUCAUGGCUGAUGUUGUUCAGGGGGAACACCUGAACAAGAUGAAUUCGCGCAAUAUCGCAAUGGUGUUUGCUCCUAACAUGACACAGAUGGCAGAUCCAUUGACUGCACUGAUGUAUGCUGUCCAAGUAAUGAAUUUCUUGAGGACACUCAUCGAAAAGACUUUAAAAGAUAGAGAAGAUUCCCUUGUUGAACCAGAUUCUGUCUCUAACCUAGACCGGCCUGAUGAGUAUGGUCAUCAAAGUCCACCACAAUUCCCUCUGGAGAACUCCAAUGAAUCAAAUGAACCGACUGAGCAGGUGUUCACUGUAGACGAACCCGAUUCAGCCAGUGUUUCUGAAUCUAAUAGAGUAGAUAACAUCACUGAUGAUGAAUAUCUUAGUUAUGCUACUUCUUCAGAGGAAUCCGAUGACAGUGUUUCUUGUGGAACUCCUAUUCAUGUUAAUACCAAGUCAAGAGAAGCCUGUGUGAGAAAAAGUCCAAAUCUUGAAGAGGACACACCUAGGAUAGGCCAAUCGAGUGAUUCUAAUAAGACACACGAUGUUCUGAAAAUUGAUUUAGAGCCAACAGCAGUUCAGUCUCUGGGAAAUGAUAGUAAAUCAAAAGGAAUAAGCAACUUGAUCCGUAUAAAUUCAAUGACAGAGAGGACUGAAGCUUGGCGGUGAAUAGGACUGAACUGAGCAGCUUUCUGUGCUGACUAAGAUGGUAACAGUUUCUGUUUGGUUGUGAUAAAAAUGUGAAUGCUAAUAGUUCAUGUAUGUUGAUCUAGUUUACUGUGGUUGAUUUUUUUAACUGGUUAUGGUUUGAUGUGUACAUUAUACUGUCUGCUUUUCUAAAUACUAGAACGCGAAUAUGAUUUGAUCUUCACUUGCACAA